AUGUGGCCCAACAGCAGCUCCAGUUCCUUCCUGUUGACUGGUUUUCCAGGCUUGGAGGCAGCUCACCACUGGAUUUCCACACCUUUCUUUUUUGUUUACAUCUCUGUCAUUUUUGGUAAUGGCACCCUCCUCCUUCUCAUUAAGGAAGAUCACAUUCUUCACACGCCCAUGUACUAUUUUCUGGCCAUGCUGGCAUUUACAGACUUGGGACUGACAUUGACCACAAUGCCCACAGUGCUGGGAGUCCUCUGGCUGGAUAAAAGAGAGAUUAGGCAUGCAGCCUGCUUUUCCCAAGCCUACUUCAUACACUCCCUUUCCUUUGUUGAGUCUGGGGUUUUACUUGCCAUGGCUUAUGAUCGUUUCAUUGCCAUUUGCAACCCUCUUAGAUAUACCUCUAUUCUCACCAAUGCUCGAGUGAUUAAGAUUGGGCUGGGUGUUCUGCUGAGAGGAUUUGUUUCUGUUGUCCCUCCCAUCAUGCCCCUCUACUUUUUCCCCUAUUGUCACUCUCUUGUCCUUUCCCAUGCAUUCUGUCUUCACCAGGAUGUCAUCAAAUUGGCCUGUGCUGAUAUCACCUUCAAUAGACUAUACCCAGUUGUUCUUGUAGUUCUUAUAUUUGUGCUGGAUUCUCUGAUUAUCCUCAUCUCCUAUGUAUUGAUAGUCAAGAGUGUCCUGAGCAUUGCCUCUAAAGAGGAGAGGGCCAAGGCCCUCAACACCUGUGUCUCCCAUAUCUGCUGUGUCCUGGUAUUUUAUGUCACAGUGAUUGGGCUGUCUUUGAUUCACAGGUUUGGAAAGAAGGUUCCACAUGUUGUUCACCUCAUCAUGAGCUAUGUCUAUUUUCUCUUUCCUCCAUUAAUGAAUCCUAUAAUUUAUAGUGUCAAGACCAAGCAGAUCCGAAGUGGUAUUCUUCGCCUUUUUACCACCCGUAAAGUUAGAACCUAA